GACUAUUCCGAGGAUCUCCUGUUGUUGAGCUCUUGUUUCAGCUUAAGUCUUUCCCCUACUUAGCUAUGGAGGUUUUUAGUUGGAGAAGGAAACAAUUGGACUAUUCUGCACCCAUGACGGUGGAGGAAUACGCAAAGGGUAUCGCCAUGGCUGGUAGAUUGAAAAAUAUCGAUCUUGCGUUGGAGCUUUUCAAGGAGGCUUCCAAUAAACAAUUAAUGGCCACAUCUUUAUUUAACGCACUCAUGAGCGCUUACACAUACAAUGGCUUAGCCAUGCGGUGUCAGUCGUUAUUUCGUGAUUUGAAGAUGGAAUCCACGUGUUCUCCGUCGAUCGUAACUUACAACAUACUUAUUUCGGCAUUCGGCCGCCUAAUGCUUGUAGAUCACAUGGAAGCAACUCUGAGGGAGGUAAAGGAUUUAAAUAUUCCUCCGACAGUCAACACGUACAAGGGUUUAAUAGCUGGCUAUAUUACAGCGUGGAAGUGGGAAGAAAUGGAGAAGACUUACCGAAUGAUGAAAGCGGGCCCCAUCAAACCCGAUAUAGAUAUCCAUCUACUAAUGCUUCGUGGGUAUGCACAUUCUGGUAAGCUGGAAAGAAUGGAGGAAAUAUACGAUAUGGUAAGGGACCAUGUCGAUCAGAACGAGAUUCCGUUGAUAAGAACCAUGAUUUGUGCGUACUGUAGGAAUUCUCGUGUUGGUAGGGUCGAAAAAGUUGAUGAACUACUCAGAUUAAUUCCGGAAGACGAGUACAGGCCUUGGUUGAACGUGAUCUUGAUUUGUUUAUAUGCUAGAGAGGAUUUAUUGGAUCAAAUGGAAAAUUCAAUAAAGGAGGCGUUUGAGCAUAAAGCGUAUGUGACGACAGUUGGCGUAAUGACAUGCAUUAUUUCGAGUUAUUUCCGGCAAAAUGCAGUGGACAAGCUGGCGGACUUUGUGCAGCGUGCAGAGUGCGCAGGUUGGAAAAUCUGCCGGUCCCUUUACCACUGCAAAAUGGUGAUGUACUCGUCGGAGAAGCGGCUUUCUGAAAUGGAGAGGGUUCUUUGUGAAAUGGAGAGAGUAAAUAUGCGCCUCUCGAAGAAAACAUUUUGGAUAUUGAUUAAGGCGUAUAAAAAGUGGGGUCAAAGAAGCAAGCUUGAGCAGGUUGUCGGAAUGAUGUGCAAACAUGGAUACGGAGUACCUUUGGAUGCUUGCAAUUUAUAGCAAUAUUUUUUUGCCGAGUUAGAGAAGUGAGUUGAGAAUUCCAGCGCAAAAAUGAAAGUUAUAGUAGUCCAAUGCUUGCUGCCGGAGAUGAAGUUUCCAUUCAUAUUUAAAGGUGAACUAAUCAUGUUUAAUCAAUUUUGGAUUUUCUCUUACUUUUGACGUGUUAAUACUCGUUUUUGCCA